AUGCCCGACAUCUUUGUGCAGUCUUUCACCCACCUCAAGGACAAGCCAAAUGCCGACAAGGCACUACAUACACUCCAGAGGGUAGCAUCCCUGGUCAAGCCCAUUAUGCGAAAGCAUAAUUGGGUUUUACCAGUUCUCGCCGAAUUCUUUCCGGAUAAUCCCAAUCUACUAGGUGAUGAUGACUUGGCUACAUUGCACAAUUAUGCCAACUUUGCUAAUAUAUCCUGCUCUCUUAACUGGCAGGACUUACGCUUAGAUGUGAACAUGGGACAGGAAAUUCUUGUUCGACUUCGUCCAGCUCAUUCUCCCAGCUCAUUUCUCCCAGAAGCCGACGUAGUUGGGACCAUGCUUCACGAGCUUACACACAACGUCCAUGGUCCUCACGAUGAAAAGUUUUACAAAUACCUCGACGGCCUGCAGGACGAAUAUGAUGCAUUGCAACGGUCAGGCUACGCUGGCGAAGGAUUCUUUUCUGAAGGAAAACGCCUGGGUACCAACAUAUCCCAUAACCUUCCACCACACUUAGCCCGCUUGAAAGCUUUAGAGGCCGCAGAGAAGCGUGUUAAGGCAUCGAAAGUCCUUGGGUCGGGUGGUCGACUGGGUGGGUCAACUAGAAAUACUGGACUGAGUCCCAGAGAGCUAGCAUCCAGGGCCGCUGAAAAAAGGCUCCGCGAUGAAAAAUCGUGUGGAACAGGAGCCGAAGCUCAACGAGAAGUAGCCAAAGCAGCCAAAGAGAGCGUCACAAACAAGGUCAUCGAUUUGACGCUAGAUGAUGAUAUGGACAUUGAAAAGACAGAACCUGAUUCUGAUUCUAAUUCAGAGGUUAUUCUCGUCAAAGACUUGUUUCCAAGGCCUACCACAUCCGCUGCUAUGACUCAUGGUUUUUCAACCAAAAAUUCAUUCAAGAGUUCAAAUAUUACCAUAGCCCCAUCGUCAAAACCUACGACGAAGUCCCCGGUGACUGAAAUAGGCCAGAAUGUACCAUUUGUUUCUGCGGAAAGGGUGAAGCUACGCCCUUCGGGCGCUGCGACCAAUUGGUCGUACUGGCGGGACGGUCUGAAUUCGUGGAACCCUUCUUUUGGAUAG